AUGGAGAAGUACAGUGCUUUUCGUGAUCGCGGCUCGGGCAUUGCGCCCUUCUUCCCAAUCCCCACUCAACCAGCGGGAUAUGCUCUUCCUCUCCACGUCUUCCUUUUCGUCGUGCGCAUCUUCUUCUUGAUUCCUGUCACUUUGGCCUACUUCUUGAUCCUCGCAUGGGUUCCUGUCGGCUCUCUCGGUAGAAAGGCCGUCCUCUGGUGCAUGCUGGGCAUCCCUGGCAUUUGGUGGAUCGAUCUAGGUGUUGAUGGAGUGAAGAAGGGCUCUCUCGGUCAGAACCAGAACAAGCUUCCUCACCCUGGCUCCGUCAUUGCUUCUUCUUACACAUCUCCGAUCGACGCUCUAUAUCUGGCUGCCAUCUUUGAUCCUGUCUUCACUCGCUCUUACCCUGAUGAGCGCAAGGUUCAGCGCAUCAGUCUCCGCCAGGCCAUGUUUCAGGCUCUGACGCCACCUGUUCUCUCACCUCCCAAGGACGCCAAACUGGUGUCCAUUUCGGACCUGCUGCGAGAGAAACCCGAUCGCUGUAUCGCUGUAUUCCCAGAAUGCACCGCCACUAAUGGCCGUGGUAUCCUGCCUUUCUGUCCAAGUCUUUUGACUGUGCCCGAGAAGACCAAAAUCUUCCCCGUCAGUCUGCGUUACACUCCCGCGGAUGUCACGACUCCCGUUCAAGGCUCUUACUUUACUUUUCUCUGGAAUCUAUGCUCCAAGCCUACUCACUGUAUACGUGUUCGCAUUGCUGAGGCUACCUACAACAAGCCAUCCGCUCCCGAGCCACCGCGCAAGAACUCCUUCCAGACUAACCUUCUCGAUGACUUGCAUCCUCGCACUACGCAAAAGGGUGGCGUGAGUGAGACCGAGAGGGAGUCAUUGGACAAGAUUGCCGAAUCUCUCGCUCGUCUAGGACGUGCAAAGCGUCUAGGCCUUGGUCCUUCUGAUAAGAUCGCGUUCAUCAAGGUCUGGAGCAAGAGAAGAUGA